CGGUAUUACAGCAGUUUGACUAACGACCCCUGAGGACGGUAGUUGGUAGUAAACCGUGCAGAUAAAUCCACAGUGAGCCCGAGAGCCGUCCGUAUACUGUGUGAGAUGCCAGGUGCUGGUCCAUGGGUGUGAGCCGACUGGAUGUUUUUUACAGAAGGCUACUCCUCACCAAACUCUUCAUAGGGGGAUGGGGGAAGCCUGAAGACCUCAAGAGAAUCUUUGAGUUCCGUAAGCUCAUUGGGGACAGAGAGAAGUGCAAGACUCUGGUUCCUGAGGACUAUCCCGUUUACAUAAAUAAGACAGAGGAGCACUCCGACUGUCAGAUCCAUGAAGGGUUCUUCAUCUCUCCUCUGGAGCACUUGGUUCCUGGAAUCCUACCACCAGAGGCUGUCAAAGCCAGGUUCCAGUUUAUAGUUCCUAAGAGGUGGCAGAAGAACAGACCAGUAUGUAUCCACUUGGCUGGGACUGGAGACCAUUUUUUCUGGCGUCGGCGGACCCUGAUGGCCAGGCCCAUGAUCAAAGAGGCAGGAAUGGCUUCACUGCUUCUGGAGAACCCGUAUUAUGGCUCUCGUAAACCCAAAGACCAACUGCGAUCCUGUCUAAAGAAUGUGUCAGACCUGUUUGUCAUGGGAGGGGCUUUGAUCUUGGAAUCAACGGUGCUUCUCCGUUGGCUGGAUAGAGAAGGAUACUGGCCCCUGGGAAUGACCGGCAUCUCCAUGGGAGGAUAUAUGGCGUCCCUGGCCGUGACUAACUGGCCGAAGCCCAUUCCUCUGAUUCCCUGUUUGUCCUGGUCCACCGCCUCUAGUGUCUUUACAACGGGUGUUCUGAGUAAAGCAGUGAACUGGGCAGAGCUGGAGAAGCAGUAUGCUAUUAAUUCAGUGUAUGAAGAGGAGAUCAUCAACCUGCUGGAGUACUGUGGGGCUGACUCCUUUAAGAUGGGUCCAGAGCUUGUGAAGAAUGUGGACUCUGUAGAGCAUCUGCUGGGUCUGUCUGGAGGUGAGAGAGGAGGGAAAUCGGAGGCUGGACGAGGCCUGUUGAUCGGUGGGUGCCUUGAAAGCGGCGGGGCUAGAGACCGCGUCGACCAUUUAUUAUCAUCGGUGAACAGCGGUGGGACGAGCUUGGACUCUUUAUCAAGAAACAUGAAUGCAAACACCACGCUACAUGGGAAGAAGAGCGAUUCAGCUAAAUGCUUCCGACCGUCUUUGCACAGAGAGUCUAUAAGCUUCAUGAAGGGAGUGAUGGACGAAUGUACACACAUGGCCAACUUCUCUGUCCCAGUCGACACCAGCCUCAUCAUCGUGGUCCAGGCCAAAGAGGACGCCUACAUCCCUCGGACAGGGGUCCUCAGUCUGCAGGAGAUCUGGCCAGGAUGUGAAGUCAGAUACCUGAAUGGAGGACACGUCAGUGCAUAUCUGUUUAAACAGAACGUCUUCAGACAGGCCAUAUACGAUGCAUUCAACAGAUUCUGCCUGAAGUAUCCCAACCUGCACUAGGCUUGUGGCAGGUUCUGAAGAGCCCUUUCCCCUCCCAGUAACAGCACCACAGCGAGCCUAGUCCACAGACCAGAGGCCUCCGCUUUAUGUAUGGCAAAAAAAGUGUCUUCUGCCGAGACAUGUGUCCGUCCUGAGAUAAGGUCCGCUGAGCACAGUCACAUUUUUCUGCUUCGGCGGAGGGAGCGGUGUGUGUGUGUAACGGAGCGACUGAAACUGUAAGCAGUAUCAGACCUGUUGUGGAAAGUUCCUGCCGGUAUGUGGUUGUCAAAAGAACAAUCAGGCCUCUAGUUUCAUAUUGGUCACCCUGUGGUUCUCACUGGUUCUCUGCUGUGUCAUGAAUAUUUCACCUUUCUCUCUUACCUGGAGAAAAUCCUGAGAGGAGACACACAGACAUUCCCUGUCAUACUCUCCACUCAGUGUUGUGCAGUUCCUACAGAACAUACAUCCGCACAGUACGUGAUCAUUUACAGGGAAGUCCAAAGUAUAAUCACAGUACUGAUGACAGAGUACUACAGGUAUGUUAUAUGAAAGAGGUUAAAGCCACUUUCAUCGAAUACGAAAUGAUGAGAGCAGAUUUGGAAACUGGAAACAUUUCUAAUCCUUCAAAUGUUCCCGAAUUCAGAGCCUGUUUUAUCACCUUUAUAUUAGGGGUUCGAUUCAAAUGAGCUGCCUACACACAAGGGAUUUUGCCAGGAAGCAAUGCAGCGUGUCAUUUGAUCAGCCUCACUGUUCUCUGGACCGACUCCCACUCUACCUGUGCCGUGUCACCAUCUGCACUUCAUCCAAAAUACUCUGUUUGUUUGUGGCCGAGCCUUUCUUUUCUUUUUUCUUUUCGCUCUGUCACUGGUCACAAGGUCACUGUAUUAAUUCAGCUCAAGUUCAGAUUGAUGUGGUUUGGAAAAUGGUCAGCUGUGAUGUAAAGUGUGAGAAACCACUGGGAUGGUCCAGAGCAGUGUUUAUCCACCAUUUGCCAAUGGAAAUAAUUUGCCUAUAGACUUUUUUUUUUCUGAAUAGCAGUAACAAAUGGUCCUGUUCCAUUAAGUGUCCCAGUAAUCCAUGAACCAGGGACCAGCAUGCACAGCAGCCAAGUGCUGGAACUGUCUAAUCUUAAUGGGAUGCAGCUGUUACUAAUGUUAUUGACUCCACCUGUGUCUUUCCUGCUGUGGUUCUUUAAAAGCCCCAUUCAGACAGGAUGAACAUCACGGGGGAGGGGGGGGAGGAGGGAAGGAAAUCUGCACCGUGUUCUGGACAGCAUCUUAGAUGAGUGGCAACGUUUCUCUCUUCCUCCGUUUUCACUCUGAAGUGAGGUUUUACACUGAGAAAACUAAAAAUGAAAUCAAAAGAAAGCAGCAAGUUCAAGCGGCUCCAGAUCCGUUUUGAGAUACGAGGACGUGGUUCCAGCCUGGAUUUAAAUACAGGGACAGCAGCCGGUUCACAGAGAGUCAGGAGGUCACUGUGGCUGUACUUAGUACUGUAGUGGGGAUGAGUGGUGAUCCAUACAUGAUGGGAUAAAAAUCUGCCUCCCGACUGACUGAAUGGGGCUUUAGUCUGUGUUUUUCUUUGAUUUGUUGUGUUGUGUUGUUUUUUUUUUGUUUUUUUUGAGUGGAUAGAAAAAUGCUGUAAUCCUCCACUUAACUGUGCCAUGUUGUUGUUCCAUUUCUACAAUGUUUAUGUGCCACUGACACAGCAGACCUUCUUUGUCCUGACCAGGCACUUCCAGCAAAUACGUGUUCAAGUUUCAGCAGCUCGAUGUUUUUAAUACUGAUUCAUUUGUACAAUUUGUGGAAGUAAAACUUUAUUUCUGCUUGAUU